CUCUCUCUUCCCUCUCGCGCAGCGCCGCGUCUCUCAUCAACUGGCAGUGAGAGCAAGCUUGCCGCACGGGGAAGACUUGUGAGAGGAUAGAGUGGAUUUCGAAUAGACUUUCAGUGCUGAGUUUGCACUUCUGCCGCUCAGGAUGUGUGGCAUGGAUGUGGACCUGGACGAUGGAGGCUCUGGUGACGAGGACAAGGAGGAAGAGUUGUGGAUGGGUGAGCGAGUCAAGAUGCUGCCCCCUCCCGUGGCUCACAGUGGAGGUUCCGCCUGGGGCAGCCAGAGAGGAAGGUGUGGCUGCCUGGCAUGCGGGGCAGCUCUGGUCCUUUGGGACAUGAUGAUGGUCCUCGCUGGCGCUCUGCUCCUGGUUGUGGUUUUCUCUGUGGUGCUGCUGCCUGCUGUGCUGCCGCUCUAUGCUGGAUUCCUGUGCCAUUCCAGGAUUCUGAACGGCUCGUCAACCGUCUGCCGUUACCUAGACGACAACAGCAGCUCAGCCCUCAUCAUUCUCGGCUUUGUGAUGAUGUCGCCACUUGUGGUCGUGGCAGCGGCGGUCUUCUGCGGGCUGCUGCGAAGGUUUCGACUGCUGCUUUUCAUCCAGCCAAUCACCCGUGCACGGUAUCGGGGGCGGCUCAUGGACUGGGUGGGCGGCGUCCAUGCUUGGGUCUGAUUACAUGAAGAUGGCGAAUAUGAGACACCAUGUUGGGUCUAAGGUGGCUUUUUUUGACCUCAUAUAACAGGGGUGUCCAAAGUGUGGCCCGAGGAGCCAUUUGCAGCACAUGGCCAAUUUUUAUCAUUUUGAAAAUACAAUGAAACAAGAAAACUAACAAAAACAAAUGGGAAAAGACCAGUAAUUUUACGACAAUAAUGUAGAAAUAUUGGAAUAAAGUCAUAAUAUUAACAUAAAAAAUUGUAACAUCACAACAAAAACUUUUGCGAGUAUAACAUCGUAAUACUAUGGGAAAAAAAUGUAAUUUGCACAAUAAUUUUCGCAACAUUAGUAACAAAACCAAGUGGGGAAGAAGGACAAAGAAGCCAAAAUUGACCACUUCCACACUGAAUGAGUGGAGAACCUUCCUUUCACUCGUUUUCAGCCAUGGCAUGUGAGCUCGGCUCUGUCGCCAUGCAGUGUGAAAGUUAAUGUAAUCUAACGUCAUGUCUCAUAACAUGCCUACUGACCACAAUACUGCAUAUAACCUGUCUUUCAAUAUUUUUUUGACUAAUAAUAGGCCAAAGUCAACCAUGAAACAGCGAUCAUUUAUCAAGUCAUUAUUUAUUGAAAAAAUGCAAUAUAGUGAGGGAGUGAUAUUCGAACCACGAUAUAGCGAGGGAUUACUGUAAAGUGAAAAUAUUUCUGGGUUUCACGUGAUGUCACAUGCUGUUGUUUUCAGGCUUGCCUCAAAGAGAUUGGGGGCAAAUCAGUGUAUUCAUAACUAGAAGUCAUGUAAAAUUGCCGCAUACAAUGUGCAGCUGUCACGUGGAAAUUGUUCAAAUAAGUAUUUCGGAAAACACUAUUAAUAAGAUAGUCCAUCAUAAUGGGAAAACAAUUUAUAUUAAAAUCUAAGUUAUAUUUCAUUAUUGGAACUCGAAAAUGUGAAAUCCAGAAAUAAUUGCCUUAUAACAGAAAUCUAUAGAUUCGUCAUUUCCUCAUACCGCUUCAUCUAAAUGUCCCAACUGUAUAAGUGCCCAAUUGUUCAAUAAAUACCAUUAAAAAAUAUACAGUCCCUCACAAUAUUGCAGUUCGAUUAUCGCUCCCUCAAUAUAUUGUGUUUUUUCAGAAAUUAAUUAUUAAAUGUUUCCUAGUAGACUAUUGUCUAUUAUUAGUCAAAAGCAAGUGAUAUGUAGUAUUAUGGCAGCAGUAAUGUUACAUGGAUGAGACAUCCAUACAUUACAUUACACCUUGCAUUUGAUGUAGCCAGCCAUGGAUGCACAAUGGAAAAAGGUUCUCCUCCCAUUUCGUGUGUAAAUGGUAAGUUUUUGGCUUCUUACUUUGUCCUUCUCCACUCCGUUUGAAACACUUUCUUAAAGUUUAGAAGAAAUAAAGUCAAGGCUAACUGGUUAGCUCACUAGCGUGCUAGCUGCUAGAGUCCCUGUAGCAUAAUAGUUGUGCAAUCUGGUGUAAAUUCCACUGGAAGAAUGUCCAGCGAUAUUCCACGGAGAAGUGUGGUGCGGUCCAGGGCUCCUAGCAGCCUGGAAACAGUGCGUGAAAUCCGGCUGCAACUUGGCUAUAGAGCUCAGACUUUUGCCAAACAGUGCAGCGAAACGACAAAGGACACAUACAAGAAUGGAUUCAUGCAGACUUAUUUGGUGUAAGGACGCAAAUAGACAUGUUAGAAGCAUUGUUUUCAUUCUGUCUGACGCUGAAAAUAAGGUUUCAGUGCUUUUCCAUCGUCUUUUAUGUCUUCAUGCAUCACGCCAUGUACUAGGGAUGUCAAUCUCUGUGGUAGACGAUUCGAUAUGCAGUUAAAGAUACGAUUAAAAAACGGUAUAUUAAAACGAUAUAUUAAAAUGGAAAAACGAGCAUUGGAGAAAAAGUAACAAUACACCUAGUCACACCAUAACACAAAGCUGAGAUGCAGAGGCUGUAUUUUUGUUAGAUAUAUAAAACUUGUUAGCAUGUCUGCAUGGCAUAGUUUAUCAAAUGUCAAAUACCAAAGUGGCCGCGGGAUCCUUUGAUCUGACCGUAUGCAGCCCUCGCUGGGGAAAGUUUGGACACCCCUGUCAUAUACUGUCGACACUCACUGGCCACUGCAUCUUACAAAAUAGGAAGGUCCGUUUUGAGAGGUCGAGAGUUAAGAAUGUGAAAAUGCUAUCUACUUUUGUAGCCCCUGUAAAGGGGCCCUAUCCUAAAUGUACAACUUUUCAAACUCAUGUACAAUACGUAUAUAUUUCAAAUGUUGUUCCAUACAGUGGUGGGCGCUGCGUUUGGGACCUGGCCCGUCGGUGGGCCGGCAAGAAUUUUUUCAUAACUUAUCAUGUAGAACAGUUUUGCUCUGAUCAACCAGUCAGAAUUGGGGGCCUGCAAGCUGGCUUUGAGGCAAAUCAGAAAUCUGAAAACAAAAAAACAGCCCCAUUGCUACUGUGUAGGACCUCAUCAGGAUGUCUGGGAAUUUGAUUCUGAAGGCCCUGGGCAGAUUACAUUGAUAUGGCAACACAAACUUGGACAAAAAAAAGUAAGAUGCAUACUGGAAGCACGGCAGCCAAGAAACAUGCUACAAAAUGAAGAUAAUAGACUGUUGGGAAUAAAUUAAUAUAAAUUAAUUGAACAAAUUCUAAAGUUGAAGCUUGGAAUUUUGAUCAGUGUUUCUGGUAGUGGUUAGGCCAGCAGAGAAGGCUUUGCUGGCCCUAACUGCACACCACUGGUUCUACAUAACGUGGUGCCACAUCAUGGUUGGUGUGUUUUCAAAACGUUUAUGCCGCUUCUGAAACGGUGGCAACAGAGUAGGCGUGGUCGGUGGAGGAGGCUGCGGAAUCCAAGAGGAGAGGAAUGCAGAUUUACCCUGUACACAACUUGAGAUGUACCGUAUAUAGCGUUUUAUUAAAAGUGACUUAUUUCAAAACCUCAGAAACAAGCAGGAUAGGACCCCUUUAAGGCAUCAUGAUGCCUGGGAUGGAUUAUGUUUAUUUCCAUUACUUCCUAUGGGAAAAAUAGUACAACUGUACCUCAUGUAGCCUUAUUAGCAGUCAUGUCUUGUAGGCGGGAGGUUAUGAAACGUUGCAUUUAAGUGUGUCUAGAUAGCACCAUAAAAACGCCAUUAGAAAAACAGAAGAUGGCAAUAUGGCAGAGUCAUGGCUGUUGAAAGAGAGCCAGGCUUUUUGGGGGGGUUUGUUUUAGCUCAUUGUGCUGCCUUUUUGCCGCCGGGUCAUUUUGCCCAGCAUCCUCCUCCUUCUGUGUGCCUUUGCUUUGUAUUGGUGUCAUUGAGAAUGCCUUCAAAAACUUCACUUGAGUUGCGCAGACGUAUAUUUAUCAAUAUGUUGAAUUAAAUUUUAGCUGGGAAUGACACUAGAAGAGACAAGAGACAAUAAUUUGGGGGAAAAAGUAUGUUAGUUUUUGGAUUUUAACAUAAAGUUCCAUGUCCAAAUAAUCCCUUUCUAAAUACAUGUAAUGCAAACUAUCAAGUUUAACUACAAGAUCAGUAAUAUCAAUCACUCCUAAAAUGUAAAAAAACAAUACAAUUUUUCACAAAAAUCUCUUAACACAAGUCCUCUCUGUCUUUUGUCAUAUUGUUGUGUGAUUUCCAGUUAAAAAAUACUCACUUUACUAGUAAUAAGUCACUUUAACUCAAAAUUUGUCAGAGGUUUGAAUAAUACAGCGGCUUGACUGUACAUUAAGGCAGGGGUUCUCAACUGGUCUUACCCUGAGACCCACUUUUUUCUGUGGUCAUUAAGUCACAACCCACUUUUAUUGCAGUCAAAACAACCAGCUGUUUUUUAUGUCAUCUUUUUAAACAUAAAUACACAUAAUUACCCUUGCAACGUACAUUUCAGAGCACAUUAUUAAAGAAAGAAGGAGGAAGAUGGUAACUACAUGCAAAAAGGAAUAUAGUGGAACAUCGAUUAGAUUCCUCCAUGGUUAGCGCGUUUUUCCGUUAACGUUUGAAAUUUUUGCCAUAAUUUUGCCUCGGUUUGCGUGCAUUCUCCAGAAAGCUAAAAAUGGCAACACAAAGCACAUUUUUAUAACUUUACAUGCAUAAAAAAUGUAUAUACACAUAUAAAUGAGGAGUGAAAUGUUUAAGGUUACUUUUACCUUCACUGAAUACGUGACUUUUCCCAAAGACGCGACGGGGCAGCGACAUCAACCACCACCACCUUCCUGUUUUCACUCACAUCGAGAAUCCCGUCUUCAGUGAAGGUAAGCGUAACCUUAAAUGUUCUUUUAUCCCGUUCAUUAAAUAACACCCCUAUAGUCACCUUUACACUUGUGUUACCCAAUAUAGUAGACAUAAUAAUAGAAAAUAAGCCAUAUUAGUCAUAAAUAAAGACAAGAUAGACUCACACGGUAGGAUGGACUGCGUACUUCCUGGUGGCUAUUGUCUUAUCAAUGUAACGUUACGGACACUUAGAGGCCAGUGUAAGGAGAGAUGGUUAAUGAGAGACUCAUAAUGAACUUCAAUGGCUUUAUUAACAAGCAGAGAACGCACAGGAGCUGCUGUCGGCCACUCUCUAUACUGCUAACCUGCUGCUAGCACUCACUAACAGUAAACUCUAGCUAGCUGACGUCACACACAUCACUUCCCAAAACAGCAAUCAUUUGUUAAUUCAUUAAUUUUUGAAAAACCGCGAUAGAGUGAGGGACUUUAAUUGUAAAACUAUGAAAACGUGUUUUGUGUUAACAUUUUGGGCUUUCUGGAAUGGACUAAGUGGAUUCAUUUUUCAUGAGGAAAAACUGAUUCGGUUACCAUCCAUUUCAGUUCGAGUCGGAGCUCCUGGUAGAAAUGAAUGACGCUAACCAGGUUUCUACUGUACAUUAUUAAAAUGAGAUAUCAAAAUUUCACUAAUUUCACUCAGCUGUGCAUGACACCUUCCUCAAACCUGUUGAAGAAAAAAACCUGACCACGGAGUCAAAAUUUAAAGUUGCGGUGCGCUCAAAACCUGCUUACUUUUCCAUAAAAAACAUGUAAAACUAGAAAAGCACUUGGAGAGCGCAGACCUCUGCCAAGUGCCAUAUUCCCCCAUAUUGUGAUUUACACCAUACUGUAAAUAUUAGUUCUAGAUCUACAUAUUUAGAUUCCUUGACCAUGAAAACAUAGCAUUAGCUAUUGGAUUCACAAUGAUAUCAAUAUUAGUUCAGUUGUUAUUCACAGAAAGUGCAUUUUCCGUAAUGGCGGUUUUCUUCUGGAUCAAGCUCCAUACUGUAGCUUUUGAAGAUACAACAAAUCUGUUGGCACACUCCAGGUUCCACAGUGUCUUGGCUAUAUGUCAUGGUGUUUGUUGCAUGUUUGCAGCUUCAUUUGGUGUCUUCCUAUGAGGAAAAUUCCAAAGGUCCUCUAUUUUUUCAUAUUCUGGAUCCUUGCAUCCGGAAUGAUUCCAUUAUCUGGAUCAGUCUUUGAUAUUUUGUAGAACCUGUUGGAAACUUGUCCCGUAUUAUUUUUUUUUUUGUGGAGUUAUAUGCACAGAUGCCGAAAAUGGUCCUAUCUCGCAAUGUUAUAGAAUCCUUUAAAAAAAUUUCCUGAAUCCGGACGGUUCAGACCUGUUUCACCCCCGAAAUGUAAUCAGUUCUUCCACAUCCCAUUUCCGACAAUUCCUGAAAAUUUCAUCUAAAUCCAUUCAGAAUCUUUCAAGUUAUUUUGAACACAAACAAACAAAAAAAAAGGUGGAGGUAAAAAUAACUGUGCACGGUUAACUUAAUGAAAAAUAGUGGCAAAUAAAACCUUGCACAUAAUGCAAUAAUACGUUUUUAAGUAAGUAAUAAGUUUUUGCUGGUGUUUAUCUGUUUGUUUGUUUGUGUGAAAAAUAGGACCAUUUUGGGCAUUUGUGCAUAUAACUCUACAAAAAAGGGUCAAAGCACUUGGAAUGUAGGAUUAUUAUUUUGGUGUGAAUCACAAUAUGGGGGGAUCUUGGCGGAGGUCGAGUGCUUUGAAAUAUGUUAGUGAUAACAAUCAUGAUGACUGGACACCACACACGUGAUUUUUAGAUAUAAGUAUUCAUAAUUAAGGCGUUCAAGGUGCUUCCAAACGCUAAUCAACGAGCAUGAUGGCGGCGGACAUGUAAGGUAACAAUUGUUAUUGGACUUCCAAAGUUCCUGUGCUUCGUCAAUGUGAUGCAGGAAUCAUGUGGUAUUACAUAUUUCACGUAACUCAUCACAACCUGUCAAUGGACCAGUGACACACUUUUGAAACCUAACCCACCAGUUGAGAAUCAUUGGUUAAAGCUGCGAUAGCCAUGGUGACAGACUCUUGCUUUUUGUGUGUUCCUGUGUGUGUGUGUGUGUGUGUGUGUUUGCUUGUAGCAAACAAAGACAACACACAAUACCAUGUUGAGAGCGCCUAUCAAUAAAAAGAGAACUGCAGCAUC